CGGGGCAACAGCAGCAGCAGCAGCAACAGCAACAGCAGCAGCCACAGCAGCAGCAACAGCAGCCACAGCAGCAACAGCAGCAGCAGUAGGCGUAGCAGCAGCAGCAACAACAACAACGACGAGGACGACUGCGGCGUGUAGCGUGCCCGUACUAAUCCACACUUAGCUCUCUUUCUCGCUCUACCUUUAGGGAACAGCAACCACUCGUUUUGGUUUGUUGUUUGUUUAAAUAGCGGCCGCGUACGUUCGCCACAUCGCUGCGUGUGUGUACAUUCGACACUCCCCCACCCCCUAUCCCCUAAAAGAAACCUACAGAGUCGCUGCCGAAGCGUCCGUGAAGAAGAGGAAGAAGAAGGAGGAGGAGGGGGAGGACCCUUGCGCUUGAUGUCAGCUGUGCGCGGCCAUGCGUCUGCUGGGCGAAUGGUGGCUGCAUGUGUGCUUGCUGGCUGUGCCACUCAUCGCUAUCUACCUGAGCGUCCCAGCGCCGCCGCUCACACCGCCGCUCCUGCAGUGGCGUGCUGGCGGGCACGUGUAUCACCACGGCACACAGCGCAUCUUCUACAGAGAUGACCCGGGUGUCUUGGGAGUGGAUGACAUUGUGAUUCUUCUGCACGGAUUUCCCACCUCGAGCUACGACUGGAGGAAGAUAUGGGAACCGCUGACGCAGCGAUUCAGCCGUGUGAUCGCUCUGGACUUCCUGGGAUUUGGUUUCAGCGACAAGCCGCGCCCGCAUGCUUACACGCUGGAGGAGCAGGCCGACAUUGUGCAGGGCCUCGCGGUGAUGCUGGGCCUCGCCAACCGCCGCCUGCACGUCCUGGCGCACGACUACGGCAUCACCGUGGCACAGGAGCUGCUGGCGAGGCAUGAAGAUGGAACUCCUGGACACCUACUGUUCAAAAGUGUCUGCUUUUCUAACGGAGGCCUAUUUCCGGAAACAAAUCACCCCCGGCUAUCGCAGGAGAUCUUGAACGAGGAGUUCGUGCUCUCGCCGGUGCUGAUGAGGUUGAUGAACUUCAUCUUCUUUAAACAAGGACUCCGGGAGGUGUUUAGCCCCUACACCCAGCCCACCGACCCCGAGUUCUGGGACAUGUGGGUCGCCCUGCGCUUCAACGACGGGCAUCUCGUCGUCAGCAGUCUGUUGCAGUACAUCCAGCAGCGGUGGCAGAACCGGGCACGCUGGGUUGAUGCCCUCAUCGUCACCAGGGUGCCGUUGCACUUUAUUUAUGGACCAGCAGACCCUGUGAAUCCACACCCAGAAUUCGUCAACCACUAUCGCUCCAUGCUGCCGGAGUCGACCGUGAACGUGCUGGGCGCUCACGUGGGCCACUACCCUCAGCUGGAGGACCCGCAGGCCUUCCUCAACGCGUACAUCUCCUUCAUCAACUCGUUCUGAUCCUCGGCGACUCGUCCUGACCCGCAUAGCUGGCUGGUGCCUGUGUGCGCGUGUGUGUGUGCGUGAGCGGACGUAAUUAGGCGUGUAACGAUGCAUUAAUUAAUUAAAGAGCACUUAUUUCACCCACAAUGCAUGCGUCAAAUCGCACGUAAUCGGGUGUUUUUGGUUUGUCUACGUCGUAAAUAAUGGGUUCAUGCGACCCCCCCCCCCCCCCCCCCAAAACCACUACAGAAGUGGCUCUCAACCUUUUUGGCAUAGUGGCCCCCCAAAUCAAGACUGCUCCCAACCCCAUACGUGCCCCCCCCCCCCCUUUCAGGUUAUAAAGGCCACAAUAUUCAAAGCCUGCGUGUCCUUGCCAUCAGUCAACGUGGUUUUAGUCAAGCCUGCGCCCCCAUUAAAGGCUUUCGGACCCUUGGAGGGUUGUGAACUCGCGGUUUGAGAACUGCUGUACUAGAGACGCUACAUUCAGCACAGCAUUUAAAAUAUUGAUUAACGAUCGUGAAUCUUGAAUUUGAAUAUUUAUAAUUAAUUUAAGUGAAUCGCUACAUGCCUAACAAUUGUGUGUGUACGGACGUGUGAAUGUAUAGCGGAAGCGGUGACACAUUGCUUUGUGAAAAUUGUUUCCAACAAUAUGCAAACACUUUACGAAAUGCGGUGGGUUGUGUGUAUGACGUGUGUACAUGUAUGUGUGCAUUGUGGGGAGAGGUAGUAUAAUGGUUAUCAUGCUGCACUACGAACCCAACGACCAGAGUGCGAUUCCCGAUUACGGCCAAUACCAUGUGACGAUUAUCUGAAUCGGUCGUGGGCCUCCCAUAGGUCGACUCGGCCUCAAAUGAAUACCUGGUGCGGUGCGUAAACAUCGGCACUGGGGAGAAAGGCAGUAGGGCAUGGUGCUGGCCACCCAUCCCCUAGUGUGCUGUGCCGGCCUUCAUAGGUGCUCGCUAACAGCACUUCCCCCAAUAAUCUGUUAAGGCUAUACGGGGGAUCUUUGGUUUUCUUUGCAUUUGGCAGCAUUUUAACAGUGGUUUGUGCACUGUACUACAAUCCUGGAUUUAAUUACCAGCCAUGGAUAACAUCAGUGGCAAAUGUUAGCAUAAUAAUCCAUCCUGGCCCUAACAGCAGUAAACUCGGCCUGAAAAUGAGUACCUGAUGCAAUGUGUCAGCUAUCAGCCCUGGGUGAGACAAAGGUGGUUUGGUUUAGUGCUGGCCACACCAUCUGCCCCCCUCCCCCCAUCAGUCUUAAUCGAUGCUUGCCAACAGCAUCUGCUCAUACACGUGUAAUAAGGUUUAAUGUGGGUAUGUAUUCUUUGUGUGAAAAUGAUUGGUUGGGGUUGAGUUGUAUUUGCAUUUAUGCUAAAAUUACCAAUAGGGUGGCAUUCAUCUCCACUGAGGGCCUUGAGCCAGUGGUACAAAUUCCACAUUCUUUUUGUACAGGCAAAUCUCUCCCGACGACAACUUAAUGAAAUGUACAACCUCAAACAACACAUAGCCUUUGUGUUCUCAGCUCUCCUUAACUCGAAAGUCACUUUAAUUUCUUACGUUCUCAUGAACAAAGCUUCAAGCUCGUGUGGUUACAUCUCAAGAUCCACCCCCGUGGGUAAGCAGCUGUAAGAUAACCAACUUUGCUUUUCGAGAUGCACCUGCCGUGAAUGCAGAGUGGCACGUCCAUCAGAUAAAACGCACUGCGUGGCAGACUGAGAGGGAGCUAUGGAAAAAAAUCGACAAACAUCUCUAACUGCCACUGCAUUCAAUGGCUGUGGCAAGGAUUGCCCCUCAAGAAUUGGCCCUUCUAGGCGCUGCAAAUUUACACAGCUGACCUCGUGAGGCGCGAAAGAAUGGUCUUCUGAGACAAACAGGCCUCGUCAUCAUCAUCAACACUCCGAUCAAAUUCGGAAGAACCCCGAUCGGGGUUAUGAGUGGAGGGCUUUACCACAAUACUGGCCUCUGCUCCCGGGAUUUGGAACCCGGUUGAAGUCGACAGACAACACAUUUGGGAAAGCUGCAGAAGGCAGCGUGACCCCUUUUUUAAGUGUGAGCAUUUGCGUGAGUGACGCUAUCUGUAUCAUGUAGGCAGAAGCUGUCCUGUGUGUGGGUAUAAAGCAUGGAAUAAUAAAAAAUGGUGUCCAUAAAGGUCUCAUCCACGAUUAAAUAAUUAUUAUUAUUCUGGAGCGGUUUAAAACGUGCAAUUGGAAAUGUCGGCAGCAUAUUCCUUUACAAGACGUAGGGUUUUUGAAAAAGCGCAAAGCUUCAGUGAUCCUGAACGUCUCGCACGCGAGAGGCAUUCGAGACUAUUGCACGCGAGGUGAUGGUGAACACCUGGGGCUCUCGAAUUUCUGACGCGGAGCGGGUUGCCAACGCUACGGUGAAAGUGUGGCACGUUUUAAGGGAGGGAGACGUGUGUUUUAUAAAAAGUGCCUUCCGUAUCGAAAUAUCUCGAGUGCUGUAGGUAAUUUUUUUUGGUAUUUCAUUGACUUGGUUCAAGCUGCCGUGUACAAUUCUGUAAUCGUGACUUGGUGCCUUUUAUGGAUGCCCGUAGAUGUUUGAGCACAUGUUGUAUACCUAUUUGGGUUAGAACUGGACAAAAACAACCUCCGAGGGGUAUUGCUCAUCCAGUUUGCACGCGAUUGUACUUGGCGGGGUAGGGGGGUACCUAUGUGCAUCUGCGGUUACGCGAAAAGAGUUGCAAAAGCCACUUGUGGCUAGUCAACGUAAGCAAAACUCUUUUCACGUAACCAGCAUUGGCUCUCGCAACACCGGCACCAAACACAAGCGUUAUAACCGAAUUAAAUUACUUUUUUAAUGCUUAAUACGAAAUUACGUGAUUUACUAAGCUCGGUGAUGGCUGGUGAGCCACUCUCUGCGCUGCCCUUGCAGUUGCACACUCGGUCGCCCCACGGACUGCCCAUUCCGAGGGCCCGUGUCUGCUCGUGCGAAACCUGAACUGGAAUUCUUCCAUAGUGUCGUAAAAAAACGUUCUAAACCACAACCAAACCACCCCGGGAAGCCGAGCAGGCCAGAGGGGCCCCGUUAGUUACCUGGGUGGGUGACCGCCAUCAGCUCGUGUGUGGCCACGUGUUGUACGCGUGGGGUUUCGAGUUGGAUUGAGAGGCUUAUUGAGUGUUAACCCAUUCAUUGUGUGUAUGCUGGGUUUUCCAUUCCGGUAUUCAUUCUGGUUUCCUUCCACUUGCAAAAACACUCGUUCAUGGAACUAACAAACAUCUCGAUGGUGUGAUCCCUUUGAAAAAAAGGUCUGCCUCUGAUGCUUUCCUCGAUACAGACUGGGGAUGGAAAAUCGUAUAAGGUUUUUUUAAUGCAAGUAUUUGUUCAUCACGUUAUGCAAAACCAAAGAGGUGUAUUUUUCUGUGUACGGGGUAUGGGGGGGAGGCAUAUGCGGAGACGAUGUGUGACGUGUGACAUUUGUAAUAAACUCUUGGCAAUUGACUGCCACUGCUGA